AUGGGUUUCAACCCACCGGUGCCGCAGCAGGACAGCAACUGGGAGAUCAGGGUGGCGGUGCAGCUCAGCCUCCUCUUCCAGAUCAUCCUCAUCUUCGUCGGCCCCAUGCGCAAGCGCUCCUCCCACCCCAUUCCCCGCUUCUUUGUCUGGUCCUGCUACCUCCUCGCCGACUGGGUCGCCGACCUCGCCCUCGGCCUCCUCCUCAACAACAUGGGCAACAUCGGCGGCGGCGGGAACCCCACUUCGAGCUUCGGUCUCAAGCGCGGGGGAGGCGGCGCCAACGCCGGUGCCACCGCCGGCAACAACAACGCAAGCAGCAGCGGUCCCAUUAUCUUCGCCUUCUGGACGCCGUUCCUGCUGCUCCACCUGGGCGGCCCGGACACCAUCACCGCCUACUCCCUUGAGGACAACGAGCUGUGGCUCCGCCACCUCAUCGGCCUCCUCUUCGAGCUCUUCUCCGCCUCCGUCAUCUUCUUCUGCUCCCUGCGCGGCAACCCCGUGAUUGCGGCCACCGUCCUCAUGUUCAUCGUCGGUAUCAUCAAGUACGGCGAGCGCACCUACUCCCUCUACUCCGGCAGCGUCGACGGCUUCCGCGCCAACAUCCUCGACCCCCCGGACCCCGGUCCCAACUACGCCAAGCUCAUGACAGAGUUCGACGCCAAGGAGAAGGCCGGCCUGGUCGUCGAGAUCACCAUCGCCAACGGCAUGGCCGAGGAGGCGCAGAAGAAUAUGGCACAGGAGGAGACCAAACGCCUGGUGGUGACCACCAAAAAGAGCGUGGAAGCGCGGGCGUACGAGUUCUUCCUCAUCUUCCGGCGCCUCUUCGUCAACCUCAUCCUCAGCUUCAAGGAGCGGCGGUUGAGCCAGGCCUUCUUCCUGCAGGACCUAGAGGCCAGCCAGGCGUUCGAUGUGAUCGAGGUGGAGCUCAACUUCAUCUACGACAUGGUGUACACCAAGGCACCCGUCGCCCACACCCGGGCCGGCUGGGUCCUCCGCUUCGUCUGCUCCGGCUGUCUCGUCUCCGCGCUCGUCAUCUUCUUCCUCCUGGACAAGGGUCGCGCCAAGAUCGAGCGCGCCGACGUCGGCAUCACGUACGCACUGCUGCUGGGCGGGCUGGCGCUCGACGCUACCGCGCUGCUCACGCUCCUGUUCUCUAACCGCGUCACUGUCUUCCUCGAGCAGUCCCGGCAGUUCAAAUGGCUCGCGAGUCUGACCCGGGCGGCCAAGCGGUGGCGGCCACCGAAGCGCUGGUCUGGGAUGACAUCGCAGCUGAACCUCAUCGGCUACUGCCUGGGCAGGACGGACCAGUACAACAAAGAUGGGCGCUGGCUCAAGGUCGCCGACAAGCUGGUCAUCGCGGAGAUCGUCGUCGACAUCAUCUUCGUCCGCCGCGUGCCACUCGCAAAGCUCAAGGAGGGGGAGGAGCCCAGCCUCCUGAAGUUCAUAUUCGACGGUCUCAAGGAGGCCGCCCAGAAUCUGGAAGGCACGGACGGAUCCAAGAACAUCAAGGAGGUGUGCAACUACCGAGGCGAGGGCAUCAUCAAGGUGAUCCUGAUGGACCAUGAGGAGAAGAUCAAGAAGGCCCUUGGUGACGACAAGUCGAAGGUGAACCUGAAGGACCAUGAGGAGGAGGAGGAGAUCAAGAAGGCCGUUGGUUACGACAAGUGGAAGGUGAUCCUGGAGAGCGUGGAGAACAGGGACUUCGACGAGUCCCUGCUGAUUUGGCACGUCGCCACGGACCUGUGCCUCGUCAACGACAAGGAAGGGCCGCAGACGGAAACCGAAGCGACGUUGCGACCCAUCGGCGAGACCUUGUCGGAGUACAUGCUGUACCUGCUGAUCAAGCAGCCAGAGAUGCUGUCGGCGACGGCGGGCAUCGGGCUGCUCCGCUACCGGGACACGUGUGCGGAGGCGUGGCGCUUCUUUGGGUCGAUGUCCAAGUGGAUCCACAGCCAGGAGGACGCGCGGAAGAUGCUGCUGAGCGUGAACACGACGGAGAAGCCGUCGGUGGUGAAGGGCGACCGUAGCAAGUCGGUGCUGUUCGACGCGUGCAUCCUGGCCAAGGAGCUGAUGGGACUGUACGAGGAGCUGAGGUGGAAGGUGGUGACGGGGGUAUGGCGUGAGAUGCUGACGUACGCGGCGGGCAAGUGCCGGGGGAGCACGCACGUGCGGCAGCUCAGCCGCGGCGGCGAGCUCAUCACCCUCGUCUGGUUCCUCAUGGCGCACAUGGGCCUCGGCGACAUGUACCAGAUCCAGGAAGGGGAUGCCAAGGCCAAGCUCAUCGUCAUCGACCAGUAGCCGCAAGCUCCUCUACGGUCGGUUACUGCUUUAUCGAGUAUUGAUGUACACGUCUUCCGUUGUGUGGCCCGCGCAACUCAAUUGCGCAUUUAGAUUCGAUUAUAUGUUAA